ACAUAAACACCACUGCAGGGUAUUUGCAUAAGCAUUCGUGAAGGCACAGUCAACAGUGCGUUUGUUUCAGGGAUACCAAUUUCACUCGACUUCUCACUGAAGCAGCGCCCUUUCCCUGCGCCCAGUAAGCUAAUUGAUAAGAGCGAUAAUACCUGCAAAUUCAAUCAGAUUAGCCGCUGCAUAAACGUGCUAGAUUUUGAGCGCAACGUUUUUGCCGUUUGCUGAGUCUGCAUAAGCGCGCAAGCCAGGGCGCGCUUCGAGCGCAGUCGCUAGCAGUCAUGAUGCCGGGAGGGCGCCAGUUUGCAGCGCUGGUUCAGGCGUGGCGUGGGCCCGUGCUACCGCGACUACCGCCAGCGCCUGGGCAGCAGCAGGGGCCUGGCUCCCGAACUUUCUGUGUGACAGCCGCUCACGCGCACAUCGGGCCCGUGCUCCAAGUGCUUGCCAAGGGCGGUGCGCGUCUAGGCGGCUCUGCUGUCUUGUUCGCUGGCGCGGCCUUUGCUCUGGCCCAGAGCAAUCGGGCAACCGACAGCGAGGGGGACGGUGACCUGUCUAGUGACCGCAUCCCAUGGGUCCGCGAACUGGCUGAGGAGGAGGGCGUUGAGGAGGUGCUGAGCCCGGGCCAGCAGCUGCGGCGGCACCCGGUGGGCAAGCUGGUGGUGGAGCAGGACCACCUGUUCGAGACGAUGGUUGUGAGCGGUCAGAUUCGGGAGCUGCGCUGCUUUUACGACACGCGCAAACAGAUGUUCUACAGUGUGGUGGAGCUGGGCAAGGAGGUGUGCGGCUUCCCGCAGACCGUGCACGGCGGCCUCACGGCGGCCCUGGUGGACGAGACGCUAGGCGGGCUGGCGGUUGCGCUGUGGCGGAGCGGGCAGCUGGGCUUCCGGCCGCCCGCCUACACGGCCCGGCUGGAGGUCGACUACAAGCGGAAAAUCCCGUGCGGCUCUGUCAUUCUGGUGUCUACGGAGGUGGAGAAGGUGGCAGACCGCAAGGUGUGGAUGCGAGCCACGGUCACCAACGGCAAAGGCACGGUGUACGCCACGGGUCGCUCGCUGUUCGUGGCGCCACGCUGGAUCCCGGAUUGGAUCAAGUCACUCACGGGGCGAGGCGGCGGCAAGGGGGAAAAGCAGGACAAGUAGAAGUGCGGACUGCGGUGACGUGUGUUAGAAAGCACGUGUAAGAGACCACGUGCGUGUUGAUGAGGCAAGAGGUAGCUUAAUGCCAUAUUGCUAAAGAAGAAUGGGUUCCCUGUUUUUGGAGGUGACCGUGUCUGCGGCCUUGUGGCCUGCUGUGUGGCCGCUUAAGAAGAAUGAAACAGCACGCACGGUCGCGUAUGGCUGCUGGUUUACUGAAGGGGGCCGCCUCGUAAUGUGUGAGCAGACAUGUUGAGAGGAGUGCGAGUGCGAGAGCAGCAAAUGAGGGAUUAGUUGUGGGCAUGAUAUGGCCGAGCGCAAUCUUGCGAGCGAUGAGUUGGCGCUCUCAGAGGAGCCCGGGUCUCUUCACCUAGGCGCUUCAUUGCGCUAAGCCAAUCGCGUCGUCAAGCAGGUUCGAUCUUGUGGGUUGAAAGCCGCCUCAUCCCGAUUAGAGCACGUGCUUGAGUGCUGUGCCGCAGUAGGGUGGGCAUGAUAUCUUCACGCGUGUUGAGUGUUCGGGAACUGUGACUGACUGACAUACAUCCAAGACUCAAAGCGUUAGCCAGCAAGUGAGCAUGGUUUGGGGACGGAAUUGCUGAUAUACAAGAAUCGAGGCCAUGGGCUUGGCCGUGGGUCGUGCCGUGGUGGUGACAGCCGUUCAGUGGUCACGCACUGGACCGGUGAACCGAUCUUGAGAGUUGAGACAGCCUUUGACUUUGAGUCUGCAGGUGGCGAAGGACGUGCGCUAAGCAGGAGGUGGAAGUGUGGAACUGCGGUGGGGCUGCAUGCUCUGCAUCAGGGGCGUCGCACAUUCGGGCGCGCGCUGCACGUAGGUCGAGGCAUCGAGCACGGCACGGAAGGAAAAGGAAAGCAGUGGUGGCUCUGAACGGUCACCGCGUUCAUACUUGCCUCGGGGUGCGUGGUCUCGGGACACACGCCCUAGUGUGCCAGUCUGUGCCUCGCCCCGAAGCAGGAGUAAAUCCUAUUUCCCAGGCCCCAGGCCCUCUUCUCCAGGCCUCUGCACGCGCAUAUUGCACCAAUUGCAGAGGCCCAUGAACAAUGAACGAUCCCCGAACUGAAUGAUC